AGUCCGCCUACAUAGUACGCCAUUUUCGUAGUAAGUGUUUUGUUGUUUACAAAACAAAUGAUUCUUUGGAGGGAAUACUCUACAACGUUCGAAUUAUAUAUAUUUUAAAAUGAUCAAGUAUAAUUUAACAGUUUUUAUCUUUAUAUUUUGUUUUAAAGGUGAGUAAAAGAUUUCUAGCUUAAUGACGCAUUGUAGCAGUUUAAUCAUUCCUUUUUUACUGCACUUGGUUUACGGUUUGUUCAUUUCUAAAUAAAUUCUAUCUUAUUUUUAGUGUGUACUCUUUUACAUUGCGAAAAUUACUGUAAUAACGGAGAAAAUUGCAAUACAACCCUAACAAGGAAAGAAUGUCCUCAAAAUCACGAUUAUUGCAUACUUGGCUUCGUAAUGGUUGGCGAUGAAGCUGUCAUCCAAAUUAAAAAUUGCUUUCAAUGGGACAGUGGUACAAAGUGUAUUUUUGAUAAUAAUUGUACUGCCUACAGUUCUUCAAAGUCUGAUAAAAAUUUUGGGACCUGUUGUUGUACUACUGACUAUUGUAAUAGUCGCCUCCAUUUUAUUGAUUCAAUUAAAAGACGCACAACGGUACCUUCGGAGAGACUAGAAUCUAUUGCAGAAUACGCAAUAUUAAGAAUUAUUCUAUGCGCCAUUGUACCUCUUAUCGUCUUAACUUUUGUCAUUGCAAUGUGCUACUAUUUGUGGCGUAAACACCAAUUGAGGAGACUGCUUUCCGCCAAACACGAACAAUGUGAAUUGUUUAAUGAUGCAGAAUGCGAUGAAGAUGAAUGCGACGAUUUCGAUCUGAAAUUAUCUGAGAUAAUAGCUCAUGGAAGAUAUGGAAAAGUUUAUCGAGCUGAAAUGAAUGGUAAGAAAACCGUGGCUGUAAAAAUGCUUCCAGUCCAUGAUUACGAAUCUUGGAGAAAUGAAAAGACAUUCUAUAAAACUUCACUACCUCAUCCUCAUAUUUGUCACUUUAUUGGUGCCUGCAAACAAUCCGACGGCGACUUGUGUUUAGUAACUGAACUCUAUCCUUUCGGUUCUUUAUACGACUAUUUAAAAGAACACACUCCCAGUUUUAAUGAAUCUGUAACUAUAUGGCAUGGAAUAGCUUCUGGGUUAGUUUACUUGCAUCAUGAAUUGAAACCCGCUGUUGCUCAUCGCGACAUGAAGUCGAAAAACGUGUUACUUAGAAGCGAUCUGACACCUUGCAUUGCUGAUUUUGGAUUGGCGCUUCGUCUUAACAACGCCUCGUUUGAAAACGCCAUACAGGUGGGCACCAGGCGAUAUAUGUCGCCGGAAGUUCUUCAGGGUACCAUCAAAACGCCUUUGAAUGAAGCAUUUAAGCGUAUUGACAUCUACGCUGUUGGUCUAAUUAUUUGGGAAAUAGCCUGGAGAACGUCUAUUCCGAAUGCACCAAAACCGUUGGAUUAUAGAUUGCCUUUUGAGGCGGAAGUUGGCUUACAGCCUCUGCUCAGUGCCCUCCACCAAUGUGUCGUAUUGGAAAAGAAGAAACCAGAAACGAUGGAGCAUUGGAAUAAGGAUCGCGUAAUGCGAGAUAUUAUUGUAGAGACUAUACUCGAAUGCAUGGACGAAGACGAAGCCAGACCGUCAGCAUUGACUAUUCAUUCAAGAUUUGAAAGAAUGAAAUCUAAUGUACAAGUUGUUUCUCAAAAACCUGAUGUAGUUUGCGAAGAGACGCCUUGCUCGUUCACCGUUGUACACGAGUAGCUUAUGGACGUGCUUAAGUUCGGUCUCAGGGUUUUUAUUUUCGUGCUGUACAAAGAUUUCGUUUGGAAAGGGGCACUGUUUAUAUUUUCGCUCUACCUCGUUCGCCCACGGGUUUUUACGGGUAACCGCUGUGUUUUGAUACCGUCUAGCAAUGGUAGUAUUAUAUGUUUGUUAAAAGUAAAUCAUUUUUCGUGAAAUAGAUAUCCUCAUUAAUAUGGUCUGGCUUAAUGUAAAAUGUGUACUUUUUGUAUUUAAAGUAAAAAUACGCGCCAUCUGUUGAGCUAAAUGAUAAACAAAAUUAUUCAUAACUGCAUAGGAGGAAGGAUAGAGUGAAGUGAGUGUAUGUGUGACAGCGAAAAAAGAGAAGGAAGAAGAGAAGGAGCUUUCUCGAUGAGAAGAUUUCUUCACCGGUAAUCAAUUCUCAACAGUAAAAAAACUUAAGAGCAGAGGUGUCGAGCAACACUCGAAGCACAUAAAUAAAACACGAACCAUAUACAGUUGUGAAUAUAUUUUCAAUCGCGCGCUUCGUCUAAUUAAGCACUAUAGAGCCUCAUAGGCCUAGUCGUGUCCCGGGGCGAUCUGACAAACUCCUCUUCGACCAUCCCUUCAUAAUCAAUUCUCAUCAACGCCGUCCAACAAGUAAAUCGAUCGGAAAGCUUCGUUAGUAAUGCCGUCUCGUUGUUUUUUACGUUCGGAUUCGCGGGCGUUUGGUGUAUGUAAUUUAACAGAAAGGGAACGUUAACGCCUGUCUUUUUCAUCAAAGACUUUGAAUAAUGAAUGAAGCCUAUUUCUGUAUUGUCCCGUAAUUUGUGGCUCUUACUGUUCUACGAAUCCAUUUUUUCCCUUUAUUUAAUUCUCGCCGCGAGAACAAUGCCUAUUAAAAUUCUUAUUUACGGAACGUCUACGAACGUAAGCAAGUUAAGCGUACGCAUAUAGAAUUUAUACUAAAGUAUAUAUACACUCGCAUAUGUAUAUAUACAAAUAUAUAUAUACAUAUAUACGUAUACAUAUAUAUAUAUAUAGAUAGAUAGAUAUAUAUAUACAUAUACAUAUACAUUAAUGUAUCUACUAAUACAUAC